GUGAUCGUCGAAGUCUUGGCAUUCACAUCCUUCUAGUCUUUCUUGUUGGAUUUUUGAGUAGCAUAAGAGUUGGAGAAUCAUGAAAAUUUUCAAGACUUUGAUUUUGCUAGGCCUCCUGUUUGGCUCUGUUGUUCUCAUCUCCUCCGCUGUUGAAGCCGAGACAACCAAAGAUGAGAAGAAAGCUUCAACAAAAGAUGAGAAGAAAGUGGAUAAGCCAAAGGAAGUUAACCAAGGUGGAGGUGGCAGAUAUUGUGGCCGGUGUUGCUAUCGCUAUGGCCGCUACACUUGCGGCGGACAGUGUUGUUGGCCUGAAGAAUCAGAAGCGGUAGAGAAUGAGCCAAAAGAAGUUAACCAAGGUGGAGGUGGCAGAUAUUGUGGCCGGUGUUGCUAUCGCUAUGGCCGCUACACUUGCGGCGGACAGUGUUGUUGGCCUGCUGAGCAGUCCGAAGUAGUAGUUACCGAUGAAGGAACAGAAUCAGAAGCGUUAGAGGACAAUUUUGAAACAAAGCAGCCUGAUGGAUAUGGCGGCUGGGGAGGAGGGGGACGGGGUGGCGGCAGCGGGGGCAGGGGAGGAGGGGGAGGCGGUGGCGGCGGCGGCAGGGGCAGGGGAGGAGGGGGAAGCGGUGGUGGUGGCGGUGGUGGCGGGGGCAGGGGAGGUGGCGGCUGGGGAGGAGGGGGACGCGGUGGCGGCGGGGGAAACUGA